UGAACCGGAGCUGACAUUUCCGCGCUCUUCGCUCGCUCAGGUAUACAAACAAUACGGACAGGCGUGUAUUUAUGUACGUACAUACCUACGCAUACCUUUGCAUAUGGACAAUGUGCGCGUAUAAUGCAGGAAGCAUUCGUGAGCGCGUUGCGUGUUCUGGAAAAUUGCACAAUUUGCCCAACUAGUUGCACGUUAGCGAGAAUGAAUUGUCUCGGAAUUCAGCGGAAGGGAAUGAAAGGCAGGCAUGACACAAUCAGCGAAGAACGCAAAUAACGGGGACAACGAAGCUUGAUUACCGAAUGAUCGAUCAAACUUCCGAAUAAACGCCAACGUAUUUUUCGACGUUAUUCUUUCGACGUUCCAGUCUUAAAUGCGGAAUUCGUUCCGCAAACUUCACGUCCGUAUUUUCGGUUCGUUCCAAAUAACGGUUUUCUAACAUCAGAAGUGACGCGCCGGGCUUUUCAAAAUUUCGUAAGCAAUGUAAGACGAGCUUUUCCACGAGUCCAUCGACGUUCAAUUUCGCGAACAAUCGCUUGCUCGGUAUUUUUCAAAGAUAUUAAUCAACGACGGAAUCGAUUUAUUAGAAAGAAGAACAAUUCGCGGAAUAGCGCAAAAUUGUUUUGAUACCAUCGCGUAUCGCGGUAAAAGUAACGAAACUCUCGAGUUUCGAGUAACUAACGGGGCACAAAGCUCCGAGAAGUUGUUCACCUCGCUGCAAGUGUUACACGCGUAUAAUGGUCGCACCGUAUUUGGUGUGUCGUGAAACACUUUCGCUGUGCGAUAUUUUGCUAAACGAACGAACGAACGAACGAACGUAGCAGAAAGUUCCUGUUGGAUUAUUUCACCCGAGGUUGAUUGCUUCUGAGCAUUCCCAAAUACUACUCGUCGCUGCAUCUGGUGUACAAAAAGCUGUUCCAACAAGGAUCGAAGACCUUGAGAAUUUUGCAAAAAUUUUAUCGAGUUACUGUACCAGGCGCAAGCCGACAAAAACUGACUGACAUCGUGGUCGUUAACCAACGCCGUAUAAGGGAAUGUUGUCCGUUUGACGAUAGAGACAGAGAGGAGUUGAAACGAGAGCGCAAAGCGAGAGAGAGAUAUCGUGAUGUUGACUCUGAUGUGCCCAAACUGUCGACACCGAUUCCCGGCACCGGGAUGCUGCGAUUCGUCGCUGAUGCCGUCGAUGCCGAGGGAUCAGUUCUCGACGAGCUGCGGGGGCGAUUUUCUCGUGCCCCGAGGCUACCUUCACGGCGGAGGCUGCGUGAUAAACUCACCGACCAUUCUCCAGGGUCCCGCGAUAAUUCACGGAUUGGGAGCGGCGCAGGACGCGCUUUACAACAACCAAAACGAAUUCACGAAUUUGAUACUCCGUAGCGAUCAGCCGAAACUUGAGCAGCAGUUUCAGAUGAAUGGGAAAAGCGGCAGCCGUUCCUCGUCGCCGAUCGACGGUCGGAUAUCGUCUCACAGUCAGAUCGGAGACACCCGGGAUUUGACCGCAACGGGGAAGAAGCGUAACAUCGAGGCAUUGAUCCCCGAGCCGAAUCCCCAGAGGGGAAUAUUCCAGAACCCCCAUCCGAUGCUUUUCCCACCGCCGAGCGGGUGUCAGGAGCUUCCGGGAACGCGGGCGUCCGCGGAUUCCGGCUCGGCGGGCACCGCCUUCGACUUCCGGUUCCCCGAGGCCGAGGAUUACGCGGAUUGGACGCGGAGGAAAAACGGCGAGGUGCCGAAACUGACAGGGUCGCUCGGUCCGGCGAACAUGACGAAAUCUUCGGCGGUUUCCGUCGCUGCCGGAACCGUCAUCCAGGUCAACGCGACCCUCCAACUUCCGCCGAACGUCGGUCAGUGCACCGUCAAUAUAACUGCGACAGCUAACUCCGUGCCGAGUUCGAGCAGCUCUAGGAGUCGGAACAACUUCCACGGCGGUGGAAUCGUCGAACCCGAGGCUUUCGGGAAUACCGGAUACGGCUGCGAUCGCGAGGACAACAGCCCGACCACUCCCGUUUCCUGGGUACUGCCAUUUCCCUGGGGAACGAACGGGAACUCCGGGAACAACAGCUCCGACUUGGAGAGAAUCAGCGCCGCUCAGAGGGUACUCCAGAUAUCCGGAUGGUACCACGAGGGUCUCAGUUGGCAGCAGAGCGCCGCUCUACUAAACAAUUCUCCGGUAGGAUCGUGGCUGAUGAGGGAUAGCUCGGACAAGCGGUACAUGUACGCCGUUUCCGUUCAAACUGCCCGUGGACCGACGGCCGUAAGGGUUCACUACCUCUGCGGGAAGUUUCGACUCGACGCCGAACCCCGCAUGGCGCCGUUGAUGCCGAUGUUCGAUUGCCCUAUUAAAAUGAUCGAGUAUUAUAUAGAGUACUCGAAGAAGAUGAAGAAGCAGAAGGAGGUUUGGGUCGAUCACAGCGGGCAGCUAUACAGUCAGAUUUAUCUAACGAAACCUAUUGCCAAGGAGGUCAGGUCCUUGUCACAUUUUGCGAGGCUCGCUAUUAACAGGAGCAAAAUAUCUACCAAGGAAUUGCCGGCACCACUCAGGAAUUAUAUUACGGAGUAUCCUUACACCGAGUGAUUAUUUUGUCGAUUCUACGACAAGUAUCAUCGUGAUUCUCCUCUUAUUAACGGGAUCAUAAUCUGCGAAUUACAUACGGGGAAGUACAUGUAAUAACACGAGAAAAAUGGACGUUGACGAUUUAUUAUUAUAUUAAUAUUAUCAUUACUACUACUGUUGCACAACUACCACUACUACUACUACCGCUACUACUGCUAUCGUUAUAGCGCAUCUUCCAAUACUUAUUUAAGGGUAAAUUUCUACGUAUAAUGUAUAUGUACCUACUCGGUAUAAAAAUAUGUAUAAAUCUUUAUACAGGUAUAUGUAUAUAUAUUAUACGGAUAUAUACAGUAGUGAUUUAUUUUUGUAUAGAAACCGCGAUGUAAGGCAAGGUAGGCGUUAUGCGUGUAAAGAUAGUUUGCAAGGAAACGACAGACGUCAAAUCUCAACUAGAGCCAGGUUCCUAGAUGUCGCUUGUUUAAAUGAUAAUAAAAUAGGACGAAAUGAAUCGUGACGAAACGGAACACAAAAAUUCGGUACCAAUCGAGUAGGUGCGUGAAAAAAAGGAAUAGAAAUACAAGGAAGGAAACAAAAGGAGGAUAAGUCAGAAAAUAUGUCGAAACUAAUCUACACAGUCAAGAACCGGAAUAAUAAUAAUACUAAUAAUAACAAUAACAAUAACAAUAAUAAACAUUAUAAUAAUAUUAAUGUAAUUGGAUGAACAAAUUGCGAAAAGUAUCUAAUGAUGAUAAUAAUAGUAAUAAUAAUAGUAUAACAUUCACAAGUUAUAAAGACGUAACAAAUAUAAUCUCAGAUUCGUGCAGAAAAGUAGCUUACGUUAAUAUAACGAACUAUAUUAAAUUAUUGCUUUCUACACACUGUACGAUAUAUAACUUAUGAUAUCGCGUGAACGAUAGGUUAGAGAACCGGGUAAUAAUGAUGAUAAUAAUAAUAAUGAUAAUAAUAUUAAUAACAACAACGAUAGUAUAAACUCUGUUAUAACCAAAGAAUUGAGGGGACGCGAUAGACAGAGAGAAAGAAGUCUACCUCUAGUAUUACAACGUUUUUAAAUUGUACAACUUUCCUUUUAUCGUUCUUUCUUUACCAAAUUCUAAUCGUUUUAUUUUUAAUCCGUUUUAAUGUUGAACGUUUUAAAAACUACAAACAUCAUCCCGAUUCUGCAGCAUAAUAAUGUCUCUAUGCGACCGAAACGUUUACAUUACACAACGAAUCAUUAUGAUAAUUAGAUAUUUGGGUUCUACGCUAUUUGUAAAACGUCCGUUACGGUAAAAUGUGUUUUAUUCAACCCAUGCGAGUCAGGGUACCAUAUACAUACCCUGAUUGUUAAACGAGUGAACGCGAUCUGAGAGUCUAGUUACAUCAGUCGCUAAUCUCCAAGGGUAAUAAUUUUAGUUUGAAGAUAUAUAUAUAUAUAUAUAUAUGGUGCUUUGAAAUUGGUGAAAACGAAAUUAGGCUUCUUCUUAAUGUAUACAUUCGGCAUUCUUUUCAAAAAUUCGUAUAUAUUUUUCUACGUUCCUUGAUGGGAUGGAAAAAAGACAAAAGUAUGAAAAGAAAUAAAUUUUAAGCACUGAAUACCGUGUUAUGUAUUACAAUUAGAAAAUCCAAUAACUCAGUGUGACGGUGCAAAAUCUCAGCCAGAUAACGAUGAAAAUAUUAAUCUAUAGUUGUUUUCUUCUUUCUAUUCUGCCGUCUGCACGCAUUGUGUAAAUUUUUAAUCACCAUGGAAUGCACUCGUUUGUUUCCUUGCAGUAUAAACUGUGUUGCUGCAUUUUAUUUUUCUACUUUUCAACGUGCACAGUUUAUAUCCAUUAUUUAAAUCACAUGAAAAUCUCCCGCAUCGAGGUCCUAAAAUAGCUCUGCUAAAAGUGUAAAAUAACGUACUAAGCAACGGAAAAAAAAGAAGGAACGUAUGAAACAAACAGAAACCAACGAGUUGUUCGACGAUGAACUUCACCUUCAUUUCAUCUUUGCACAUUCAUAUUAUAUAGGUGAGAAUGGCUUUGUGAGAAAAGAGGUGUAAAUGCUAAAAGUGACAGAGACGGGUAAAGCAAAGUAAAUAAAUAAUUGAAAUUUACACGUCUUCAGUUAGCUGUAUUAUAUAGGUAUAUCUUUCACACACAUUAAUAGCAAGUAAAAGUGGCUCAUUGAUUUAUGAUAUGUAAGCCCGAAAAAAAUAGCUGGCUCCUAAAUCUUUCUGAAACGUCGAAUCCGCUACAGUUGCCAACGUACAGGUGUCGAAAAAUCGGCUGAAAAAUUGAACCGUAGGAAAUAAAUAAGAGAAAUUAAACUGUUUAACUAAAAUUAGAGCAAUAAUGAUAAUAUCGUCUAUCGAUCUUCUGUUUGGUAUCUUUAAAUAUAAAACAUGUGUAUGCAGGUAUAGGUGUAGAUAUAGAUAUAGGUUUACGUGACGGAUAAUAGAUGUAUUAUAUCUAUAUACCUACAAUUCAGUUGAUAUUAUGUCGUUACACAAAAGACGAACAUGAACACACACACACACACACACACACACUUAUACUGCGCAACUGUGUAAUUUGAUAAUAAUUAUUCAAGUUAUGCGUACACCCACGUAUGUAAAAACAAACUGACAGCAUUGGCUAAUAACUGAAAUUUUUAAGUUUCUAGAUAAGGUGUAGGUAAUUAUUACUUUUGCGUGCGUGCAUGCAUUUCUUUUUUUUGUUUUUAAUCGCACUUUAGAUUAGUUAACGGAAAUUCGUCUCUAUAUUAGAGAUGUCACUAUUAUGUGUGUAAUUUCAGCUAUAGAAAGUAUCUGACGAUCUGCGAUCGAAAUGCUUCCGAAAUAUUAUUGGACUUCUCCUUUCUCUUUUACAACUUAUUGUCUUUUCUUUGUUCUUCUCGUCUCCAUUUCCCAAGAACGAUUAAGAAAAGAGAAAAACAAUAAGGUAGUAGGUAUACAGUUUUAUACGUAGCAAGUUAAAAAUCCUGAGAAAAAUUUUUCUGCCCUACAUACAUAUAUCACGGAUGUAAUAUCAUCUCUAUCGAGCUGAUCGCCGAAUAAAUAAAAGCAUCCGCGCAUUGUAAACUUUUCGAAGAUAUUAUGUAAAAAAAAUAAUAAUACUUUUGCUGCAUCCUGCAAGUACUGCCAAAACGUUCCCAGUUCAACUAUAAUAUUUGUGUUGUAUAUUGAACAUAAUUUAUAACUGAAAACGGUGAAUUUGUUGGGGGGAAGCGGAUGUGUAUUAAAAAAAAAAAACUUGAAAUUUUCGACCGAAGUCUGGGAUCCGUUAGUGUGAGGUUCAGCUAAAACAAGAUCGUCACACAUUCAUCACGCACACGCGUCUCUCUCCCCUUAUCUAACGCGAUGUUAAAACGACAAUUGACAAAAUCGUCGAGCGAGAAAUAUCUCUCGACACUUGUAAAUUUAGUAAGCAACCGGGGUAAAUAUAGAGAGAGACUGUGUUGAAAUUGUUUUCAUCAUUUUGCCUCCGAGUUUGCCUCCUUGUUAGGCAAUAUAAUAAUAUUUCCUUUUUUUCAUCCGCCUCAACAAAUCCCUUGAUUGGCUUUACGUAUAAGUAUACAAUGAAGUAUACAAACGCAUCUACAUAUAGGUUAGUCUCGAAACCAUGUAUUUUAUAUUAUAAUGAAGCCGAAAUUGUAUAAA